AUGGCGCAGAUUAAGAAUCACAGAGAAGAGGUUUCGAAAAAAUUCAAAGUUUUCUCUUGCAUUCAAUCAGCACUUUCUGAUGUGAUUUUCACAAGAGUUAUGGCCUGUGAGACUGCAAAGGAGGCUUGGGACAAGUUGAAAGAAGAAUUUCAAGGAAGUGACAAGACCAGGAAAAUAAGAGUGAUAAAUCUGAGAAGAGAGUUUGAAACUCUCAGAAUGAAGGACUCAGAAACCAUUGAAGAAUUCUCCAACAAGUUGAUGAAGGUUGUAAACCAGAUCAGACUUUUAGGAGAAGAACUUUCAGACACAAGAAUCGUUGAAAAAGUUCUUAGACUAUCCUUGAGGCUAGAAAAAGUUAUUGAAACUGCUCUUCAAGCCAAGUUCAAAGGGAAGAUGCAGAUGCAAAAUGAAGGUAAAAAAUCAAAUAUUUAUACUAAUUUUGGUAGAAAAAACCAAGGUGAUUCUCGAAAUGGAGCCGAGAAGAAAGAAAAUUUUCCACCGUGUAAGUUCUGCAAGAAAACCAAUCAUAAAGAGGAUGAUUGUUGGUUUCAAGGGAAGAAACAACCUCUUCAAUGUAGAUACGGCCAAGUUGAAAAGUUUUGCAGAGUGAAGAAAGAGCACAACAAACAAACUCAAAAAACCAACGUUUCGGAAGUUGAAGACCAGGAGGAGCUUGUGUUUACAGCAAUGGUAGCAACGAGAUUGGAUGAACAAAGCACAUGGUUUCUGGACAGUGGUUGCACCAACCACAUGAAGCAACGAGAUUGGAUGAACAAAGCACAUGGUUUCUGGACAGUGGUUGCACCAACCACAUGA